AGAGGAAGAUAUAUCACGGCUCACAAAUGCACACAGUUUUAAUUUUUUAUAUGUUAUAAAUAUGUUAUAAGACACAUGUCCCGGCCAAAAAAACGACAACACUGGUUCACAGACAUUGUGGCAUCAGCAUCACAUCAUCUCCUCUCUGCUCUGGUCUGUUGCUCAGCAGACGUCACAUGAUUUGUUGCUCUCACAGGUUGAAGGUCUAUGCGUUGGUAACGCCUCUUGGAAAUAGAAAAUGAAUGAGAGGUCCCAGACUAAUACACAUUUGAGUACUAGCCUGGCUAAUGAAACGGGGGGUUUUGCCAUUUGCAGGCAUUGGACUUGCAGUAACUUUUCCUGAUUUAACCGGAUUUAUUGAUUCAUGUUUUCAAAGCUAUUCUGAAUUCCCAUCCAUAUAACACAUGCUUCAUGUCAGCUCUGCUCUGUUCCGUGUGUUAGGUGCAGAGGAGCUGUGAAGAUAGAGGAGUGAGGAGGUGAUGUUCUCUCAUCAACUCAGUGUGACUGUGAACUCUGUAGAGGCUUGAGCCUGUCAGGACGUCUUGCAGCACCACCCCCCCUCAGGUCUGGGACUGUCCACCCUCAGUCCUAAAACAAAAACAACAGCCAGCUAAGCUUCCUGACCUGACACCUCGCGCUCCUCCACCUACUCUGCUCUGGGUCGCCCGUGCCAUGGCCUUCACCCUGUCAGAGAUCAUGGCGGCGCGGCGGCAGCAGUCACAGGCUCAGUCUCAGGCCCAGCGAGGUAACAGGACGACGGUGGAGGUGGACGAGUACAGCACCAACCCCACGCAGGCCUUCACCUUCUACAACAUCAACCAGGGACGUUUCCAGCCGCCACACGUCCACAUGGUGGACCCAAUGCCCCACGACACGCCCAAGCCACCGGGCUACACCCGUUUUGUGUGCAUCUCAGACACUCACUCCCGGACAGACGCCAUCCAGAUGCCGUACGGAGACGUGUUCAUCCAUGCCGGAGACUUCACCGAGCUGGGACUGCCCUCCGAGGUCAAGAAGUUUAACGACUGGCUAGGUACCCUGCCCUAUGACAUCAAGAUAGUAAUUGCCGGAAACCACGAGUUGACCUUUGACCAAGAGUUCAUGGCUGACCUGAUCAAGCAGGACUUCUACUACUUCCCCUCAGCCUCCAAGCUGAAGCCCGAGAGCUAUGAGAAUGUCCAGUCGCUGCUCACUAACUGCAUCUACCUGCAGGACUCUGAGGUCACCGUCCGGGGCUUCAGGAUCUACGGCUCCCCCUGGCAGCCCUGGUAUUAUGGCUGGGGUUUCAACCUACCACGGGGUCAGGCUCUGCUGGACAAGUGGAACCAGAUCCCCGACAACACCGACAUCCUGGUCACACACUGCCCCCCACUGGGUUUCUUGGACUGGGUCCCAAAGAAGAUGCAGCGUGUCGGGUGCAUGGAGCUCCUCAACACAGUCCAGAGGAGAGUUAAGCCCAAACUACAUGUGUUUGGACACAUUCAUGAAGGUUACGGCAUGAUGACCGAUGGCACCACGUCGUUCAUCAAUGCCUCGGCCUGCACCGUCAACUUCCUGCCCAUGAACCCACCCAUCGUCUUUGACCUGCCCAACCCCAGGACCACAUGACUAGAGAAAGCUCCUCCGCAAACCCUCACCACCAAUCAGGAGAAAGGAGAUGGUAGACAUAGGUGAGGUCAGCAGGCAGAACUGACUUCUGUACGUAUUAAGCAGGUGUGUUUUUAACGUGACACAAAUGGAAACGGGAGUCCAUUUAAGGGACAGAACUAAGUGAGGAGCAGAGGCUCACUCAUGAUAUUAAUGUUAUUUUGUGUGCAAUUAUUUCUUAAAGCAGAUCAAUGAGCAGAGAGCUGCUUUUACAUGCAGACAAAUUGGACAUUUCUCUGUGUUCUCUUUACUGCACUGACAAUCUCAUGUGGCUCUCAGAGAGACAAAACCCUGAUGUCACUCCAAAUCAACUGGAAACAUCUGGCCUCGCAUCAUCUACAGGUGACUUUACGUCUAGCAUGGACUCAGCCAUUUGCCAAGGGGAUAGUAAUAUUUUUCACCUUCUCUCCCUUCCUACUUGAAAACAUUAAUUGCCCAUCAUUUCCCUCUCUCCCACAUUGCUGGAGUGAGUGUUGUGAGAUCAAAACAAGUGUGUGAGCAAAGCAAAAGGUUUCUGCCACGGGCAGUGUCAGACACCCCUCCCCUGGGCCUCAUUACAACCGGGUUGCCAGGUCCUACAUGAUUGGGCUUUUUUUGAAGUGCUGCUGCGGGUUGACUUUUUUGUCCACUGAUUUGGUUGAACUGUUUUGCACGUGAACUACACUUAUCUAUAAAUAAAAUCCUAAUUUAAAUGAAAUAAUUUAUUCAUGCCCAAGUACUACCAAAUUGACUGCAGGGAAGAACACACACACACACACACACACACACACACAACCACACACACACACUGCUUCACCAGUUCAUCAGUCUUGUGUGGUGUGUCACCAGUGUCUGUCUCGUCACCUGGUGGCCAACUCUGGCCAUUGUGAUGUGGGAUUUUGUCACACAUACCUGGCAACCCUGAUGACAGCCCCUCCCGAAGCCUCUUAACGGACAGGAGAGGAAUCAGAGGAAACCACUUGCAGCACGUUCAUUCUUUUCUUUUCUUUCCACUCCUAUUCGUGCGCCCUUGUUUUACCUUCCUCUCCCUCCUUCAUGCUGUGAACAACUCGCUCAGCUUUUUAGGUACAGUACCACCGGGAGGUCGAGUUUUUUGGACUUCGAGAGAACAGCAGGUAACAUGUUAACUGCAUCUGAACAGUGGCGACUGAUUCGUGGAAACACCUUUUGGUUAUUCAUGGGAGAGGUGGAACUUUUUAUCCUUUAUCAAGAGGAGCUGACAAAGCUGUAACUUAAUGUACUGUAUCUGGUCUUUGUAAAUGUUCUCUGUCAAUAUAGAAAAAAAAGGUUUUCUGGAAUAUUUCCACGUUGUUGCUACGCUUAAAAAAAAAUUGUUAAGUAUUUGUGUCCAGAGAUGUGUGGUUGUUACAUUUCAUUUGGUCUAUUUCUUAGUAACGUAAAGAUCAUUAUGGUAUUUUCUUCUCUCUGCCCAUUUGGUGAUUAUUAACUCUUUCAUGCCCAUAAGCAGUUUGUCUGUGGGUUUUCUGAAUUAGGCUUUUCCCUGUAAGAGUCUGAACAUGCAGAGCACAUCACACUUUGAUCACACUGCUCUCAGCAUUAUGUCUGACGGUUCCCUGGAGCUGCUGUUUACUCCCUCACUUUGCUUCCCACUCACAUCUUCAGCACAUCAGCAUUCAUUCAUUCAUCUUAAACUUAAAUUCAACUUAUAGUAUCAAACCAUUUUCACCAAUGUAAAAAAAAAAACAGAUCUGAGGAAGUCAUCACCCACAGGCUUCUGUUUAACUUUGUUCACUCAUCAGAUCAAGAGCUGAGUCGUGACCAGUAAAAUCAUUCAGCAAAUAUGUUUAUCAUCGAAUAAUCACAUUAUCACAACAAUUACACAUUCCUACACUGCCAGAAGAGCACUCAGAGUCAACUUAGUGUGAAGUCACUUGCCCAAGAACAUGCUGUCAUGCGGACUGGGGGAAGCUGGAAAACAAACCGUCCUGUCACACAGUUAAUCAUAACUUUAUUGUUUUGUUUUUAAUCUGUAACAAUUAAAAAUUUUAAUGGAGCAAAGUGAAACAAGUCUGUGUUAGAAAAUAAUACUUAUGAUGAAAUUUCAGAUUUUCAAACAUACUCAAAAAAGUGAUUUGUUUUGUUUCAGUAAUGUUGCAGUUUGGCUACUUUGUCUGAAGUAAACAUCAUUGAAAUUCAACAUUUCCUGCAGAUAUUUCAUAAUACUUUCAUAAUAGAUACUUUAAAUAAGUUUACAUUCUUAUUAUUUCAAAGAUUUGAAAGAAGAAGCAAUUGAUCUUUAUUGAUGCUUGCUGCUCUUCAAAGAACCAAGUUUAGGCUGAGGCCGGGAGAUGUUCGAUCAGUGUUAAAAGUCAUAGUUUCAUUAGGCCAGUGGAAUGUCCUUACAAGCACAAUAUACAGGCUGUGUUAGUCUGUGAGAGUGUUUCCCUCCUAACAGUGUAGAAAGACAGUGAGUGUUCAUGGAACCGCAACAUUUUAAACACAAAUUUAAUUAGUGUUUAUAACAAAAAUUCCAAAAGUUCAGAGACGGGAAUUUAGGGAACCAAUAAAGUUUCAUGAGAAGCUGUUUGGUCUGACUCUCCACUUCCAAUCCCCAUUUGCCGUCUCUCACUUUGAUGCUCUUCUGCUUCAGAAGCUGUGUUAUGUGUUUCCUGCUGAAAAAAAAAAAAGUUGUACAAUUUCUUGAUUCAUUUUGUGAGGCAUGUUUAAAAGAGUUAAUGACUUCUGCUACUCAGACAAUCUGCAUAUGAAGAAUUUCCUUCCAGAAUGAUGUACCCACCUUUUGAAAAACGAGAUGCCCACACUGGCAGAAUGAUUGACAGCCAGAACUUGAAAGCAUAUUGUGGUGGUACGUUUUAAAGGACUGUAAGUAACUUGUGUCCUUGGUGACAUUUUUACUUACUGUUUUUUUAAAUAUAUAUUUCAAUAAUACUGGAUAGUUAUGAAUGUCAGAUCUUUUUUUAAUUGAAAGUAUAGCAUUUUGGAAUGAAAGGGUCCAUAUGGUAUUAUCUUUGCCAUCGUUGUUUUUGAAGUGUAAAAUUGGGAAAUGAAAAAAUGAAGACCCAACAUCUGCACAAUUCUACUGUGUUGCUCCUGGAGACAACUCUAAAAUGUAAAGUUCCUUUCUUUCUUAAAACCAUAAUGAUUCUGCUGGUUCUGACAGAUUAUUCAAUGAUUGAAUAAAACCUUAUCUGUGACCCAUG